AUGGACUUAGGGCUUCCGUUGGUAGACUUCUUUUUGCGAGUGCUUGCCAUCUUUGACCAAGAGGUUGUCAACGACGACGUCGCCCGAAGCAACGAGGAUCGCCAGCGUGGUCAUCAGAUCAAGCACGCGAUGCGUGAGCGCGAUGUAGUGUCGCUGGUCGAAUGCUGGUACAAGAUCUUGACCACGUUGAAGGGUGCUGCACCACACAUGGUGCGGGACUGCUUGAAAGUGACGGCCCUCUACGUGGUGUGGAUUGAAAUCCUCACGGUGGCCAACGACAAGUUCUUAAGUGCAGUUUGCAACCUGAUUGCAGAAGCUUCGGAUAGUGCCGGUGAGGCUUGUGAAUGUCUUGCUGCAAUCGUCAACAAGAAGAUGCCCGCCAGCAAGAAGGUGCAAAUGCUCAGCGAGCUACAAAUCUUUGCGCGCCUCGAAGCAUGUGUCCAUCGAGAUGGUUCAGACCAUCAGCUUCUCGUGAAGCAGGCAGACAUGAUAAACUCUGUCGCAGAGGUGACCUUGGAGGCCUACGUUGACCUUCGUGUUCAAAGCGAUGCUGACAGCGCGAGGUUGGCCCAGGUUGCAUGGGAAUCCACCAAUGCACUGAUGCCACUAGUUUUCUGGUUCUUUGCCCACAAGGAGCAUCAAGUAGCUGUGUGCGUCGAGCCCUUCUUGACGGAGUUCUUUGUGAAGGUUAAAAGUUUCGUUGCAGACGGUCACAAGGGUGACAUGGAGAUGGCUCCUUGUCACUCUGUUUCACUGGAGCAGGUCAGACCAAUCUUGAUGCAGACGCUGCAGCUCAUCAUUCAAAGAACUUCCUACCCACCUUGGUUUCAGCACAACGACCCGAACUUUGAGGAUGAAGAGCAGCAUGUUGCAUUCAUCGAGUUCCGACGAAGCCUGACAAAGAUCUACAAGCGCAUCUUCUUAGUCGAUGAGCAGCUUGGCUUCCAGUUCGUGCAAGCAUCGGUUGCUCAGCUCACCGCGAAUCUUUCGGGCGUGCAGCCCAUGGAAGUGGACGCAGUCCUCUACCUCUUCAAGGAGGCAGGAGAGACAGUGAGGCAGCUGGAGCAGCACUUGCAGGCCAAAGGCCCGCUGGCUGGCUGUUUCGUGCAGCUUAUCGAAUGUGAGGCAUUGGUCAAUGCCGAUCACUGGGCAGUUCAGCUUGCUCUGAUGGAGGUGUAUGUGAAAUAUGGCAAGCUGUUUGCACUACACCAGGAGCUGUUCCCAAGGUAUGGGCAGAAGGUGCUGCAAGCCCUGCUAAGUCCCCGAGGUGUCCGUUCCAACAAUCCUCACCUCGCGGCUCGCGCUUGCUUCAUGUUCGGGCGCUUUGCAAAGUUGGUCAGAGUCCAGGCCGCAGCCCUUGUGGCACAGAUCCACGAAGCCUUGCAGGAUCUCCUCAUUGUACAGUAUGUUCCUUCAGCACUCCUUCCUGUACAGGCGGAAGUGUCGCUGACAAAAGUCGCUGUCAAGGGUGCGCUUAAGGCGGACGACCAGGCCAACCUCUUCGAGGCGCUGGCAUGCCUCGCAGCUGCGAGCAGACCGGAAGAGCUCCCGGCAAAGCUGGAGAUGCUGCUUAAAGGCCCUGCGCAAAACUUGUCGGAGAUUGUAACUGAUGCGGCGGCAUCACGCUCUGGAAACGAUAUAGCUGGCUGCGCCGGCUGGGCUGGACGAAGCAUUGAGGCCAUCGCCACAGUCAGCAAGGCUUUUAACGUUUCGCAUGUAAGCACAGCCACUGCUUGGGAGCAGGUCUUAAUGAUUGUAGCCCGCAUUCUGGAGAAGUUUGUCAACCAGUUGAACCGUGAGAUUGGGCUUUGGCGAGCUGCCUUGUUCCUUUGCCGAAGGAUGGUAGAAGUGCUGGGCGAUCGUUUCCUGACCGUCCUGGACACCUUGCUCCCUUUCCUGUAUGCUACGAAUGAUCAGGCAGAUUUGACAGAGCUGACGAUUUUUGCACAUCACCUGGUGUGCCAAUAUCAGAAGAAGACUCAACCCCAUCUUCAAAAAUGGCUGCAUCAGACCUUUCUGCGGCCGCUGGCUGUGUGGCAACAAAUGCCUGAGCAGUCGGAUCAGCUCAAGCGCGAGAAGCUGGAGCUUGGAAACGCCAUGUUGCAGCUUCUUAAAGAGGCAGCACAGCGUUGUCCAAGCGCGCUGUUGGAACCCAUGCUUACGAACACAAGGCACGGUCAGGAGAUGACCGGCUUCUUGUUGGUUGGCCUCCAGGAUGCCAGCGAGAUCAAGGCAGUGCUCUACUCUGCAUCCGCCUGGGCAGCUUUGCUGGAAGCGGCAACGUCUUCAAGCGAGGCGGCAGCUGCCAUCGCGAGCUUCCCAAUGACACAAUUGCUGCAGAGAAUGCUCUGGUCGGCGGCACGCCUGGACUACAACGAUAUCCAGUCUCAGAAAGUGCUCAGCGAGGCAGCCUCGAUUCUGCGGUCGGUGAUGAACCCAAGAGUGCAGCCACAGGCGCAGCUUCAACAGACAAAGGAAGCCUUCCAGCAAUCGCUGGUCGGAGCCCUGCCCGGCCUACAGUCGGAGAUCGGCCCGCGGCAGCUCGGAGAGGUCUUGUUGCAAGAGGCACCGCUGAAGGAUGUCCGCACCACCUUGCAGCAGUGCAUGCUGCAGUGGCAGCGAGACUGCCGGUGA